AUGUCGGCCCUGCACCAAUCUCUCCGGUCGCCCCUCACGUCCCUCACUUCAACGAUCGCUCGUGCGCGGCACAAGAGCACUGCGGCGCACAGUGCAGCGGUCAUCGCCCACGCCGAGCGCUCGCGCGGGCCGCGCUGCCGUCCUGGCCUCGUGGUCUUUGACAAAGACGGCACGCUCAUCGACUUUACGCUCAUGUGGGGCGGCUGGGUCGAGUCCCAAGCGUGGCGCGUCGAGAUGACCACGCACCUGCCCGUGCGCGAGAAGCUCUUUGACGCCAUGGGCUACGACUGGAUCAGCCGCUCGAUCCGGUCCAAAGGCGCGCUCUGCUGCACGCCCAUGGGCGAGCUCUACAAACUCGCCGUGCGGGUCCUCGUGGCCGAAGGCAUGGCGCAGGCCAAGGCCGAGCACGUCAUCCACCAGUGCUGGAGCAUGCCGGACCCCGUGCUCACGAGUCGGCCGCUGAGCAACAUCCCCGCGCUGUUCCGCACGAUCCAGAAGAUGGACAUGAAGAUCGCCGUGUGCACGACCGACGACCGGCAGCCGACCGUCGAGACGCUCGAGCACUUGGGCGUCUCGGACCUCGUCGACGCGCUCGCGUGCGGCGACGACGGCCUGCCAGCGAAACCCGCCGGCGAACAGAUCUGGACGCUGUGCCAGCAGCUCGACGUCGAGCCGCACAAUACGCUUAUGGUCGGCGACACGUCCACCGAUAUGCUCCUGGGCAAGAACGCCGGCUGCGGGCUGUCCAUUGGCGUCCUCGGCGGCGCCUCGUCGCUCGACGAUCUCGCCGAAGCCGCCGACGUGCUCGUGCCGUCGAUCGACCGCGUGCUGAAAGUGCUCUUCCAGUACGGCCAGCAGGCCCAGCGCUUUGGCGAUGCCACGUAA